UAAACUACAUAUCCCGGGGGACCAUUCGGUCCAAGUCCCGUUGUAUUCUCGUUCUGAUCUCAAAUCCCGCGGUGUUGGAACAGCGGUAGCUGUGGUGGUUGUUGUUGUUGUCGGUAAAAUGGCGUCUGGCGGUGAGGCCCCGGAGUCAUGGUACCUCGCCCUGCUCGGCUUUGCGGAGCACUUCCGUACCUCAAGUCCUCCUAAGAUACGCCUCUGUGUCCACUGUCUUCAGGCUGUCUUUCAGUUCAAGCCGCCACAAAGGGUCGAAGCCCGCACUCACCUUCAGCUAGGCUCGGUGCUGUAUCAUCACACCAAGAACAGCGAUCUCGCCAGAAACCACCUGGAGCAAGCGUGGAUGGUGUCUCAACAAGUCCCUCAGUUUGAAGAUGUCAAGUUUGAAGCUGCAAGUCUGCUGUCUGAACUUUAUUGCCAGCAGAACUCGGUCGACUCGGCGAAGCCCCUGCUCCGCAAGGCCAUUCAGAUCUCUCAGCAGACGCCGUACUGGCACUGCCGACUGCUGUUCCAGCUGGCGCAAUUGCACACCUUGGAGAAGGACCUGGUGUCGGCCUGUGAUCUCCUGGGGGUGGGAGCUGAAUAUGCCAGGGUUGUAGGCUCAGAAUACACCAGGGCACUGUUUCUUCUGAGUAAAGGAAUGCUGCUGCUGAUGGAACGAAAGCUCCAGGAGGUGCAUCCCUUGCUCACCCUGUGUGGCCAGAUAGUGGAGAACUGGCAAGGCAAUCCCAUUCAGAAGGAGUCUCUAAGGGUCUUUUUCCUGGUACUGCAGGUCACGCACUACCUGGACGCAGGGCAGGUGAAAAGCGUGAAGCCGUGUCUGAAGCAGCUGCAGCAGUGCAUCCAGACCAUCUCCACGCUGCACGAUGACGAGAUCCUUCCCAGCAACCCUGCCGACCUGUUCCACUGGUUACCCAAGGAGCACAUGUGUGUGCUGGUGUACCUGGUAACCGUAAUGCACUCCAUGCAAGCAGGCUACCUUGAGAAGGCACAGAAAUAUACCGACAAAGCACUCAUGCAGUUAGAAAAACUAAAGAUGCUGGACUGCAGUCCCAUCCUCUCGUCGUUCCAGGUUAUAUUGCUGGAGCACAUUAUCAUGUGUCGGUUAGUCACUGGUCACAAGGCUACAGCAUUACAGGAGAUCUCCCAAGUUUGCCAGCUUUGUCAGCAGUCCCCCAGGUUAUUCUCAAACCACGCUGCUCAGCUUCAUACUUUGCUAGGUCUUUAUUGUAUUUCUGUGAACUGCAUGGACAACGCAGAAGCACAGUUCACGACAGCACUGCGACUGACAACACACCAGGAGCUGUGGACGUUCAUCGUGACAAACCUGGCGAGUGUCUACAUCAGAGAAGGAAACCGGCACCAGGAGCUUUAUAGUCUUUUGGAGAGGAUAAACCCAGAUCACAAUUUUCCUGUAAGCUCCCACUGCUUGCGGGCAGCAGCCUUCUACAUCCGUGGGCUGCUCUCCUUCUUCCAGGGACGCUACAACGAGGCCAAGCGAUUCUUGCGCGAGACUCUGAAGAUGUCCAAUGCGGAAGACCUAAACAGAUUGACGGCUUGCUCCCUCGUCUUGUUAGGCCACAUAUUCUACGUGCUUGGAAAUCACAGGGAGAGCAACAACAUGGUUGUUCCUGCCAUGCAGCUUGCCAGCAAGAUCCCUGACAUGUCAGUGCAGCUGUGGUCCUCAGCCCUGUUGAAAGAUCUGAACAAGGCGUGUGGGAAUACGAUAGAUGCUCACGAGGCAGCUCAGAUGCAUCAGAAUUUCUCCCAGCAGCUUUUACAGGACCACAUCGCAGCCUGCAGCCUUCCUGAGCACAACCUGAUCAGUUGGACGGACGGGGCCCCGCCAGUGCAGUUUCAAGCUCAGAACGGUCCCACCACCAGCCUGGCCAGCCUUCUAUGAGACCAGCGGCGGCGUGCUUCAGGAAGAGAGCUCAGAUCCCGGGUCCUGAGAAGGAAACGCAAAGGACUUUUACUGCUGUUGGCCUGAAUGUUUUAUCUAGAAUUCUUUAGAUAUUAUUAACUCAUGGUCCUUUCCACGGUAGCGGAAGAGGGAGGGGGGGGAGGAAGGUGGGGGGGUGGCGAAGGGGGCACCCCGACUGCCGGAGGUUUUUGGGGGCACGCCUGGUCCGAACAGGGGUGUGGAAGGGGAGGGCGAGCGAGAAGGGGGGCCCUCCCGGCACUCCACCUCAGGGCGUCCGCAGGCGCUGCGUCGGGCCACAGCCCCCUCCCCCGCCCCCCGUCCCCCCAGAUGCAUGGGAG